CCCUUAAAAAGCAGUUUGCCUUGCAUUCAGUUGGUGCAUCCAUCUGUGUCACCAUCAUGAGAUGCUCCCGGCUGCUGUCUUUGGCUCUUUUCCUGCAUGUUGGUCGAUGCUUGGAGUUCCAGGGUUCAGGCGAAGAGCCCUCUCUUGAGAUUUCUGAGAACGUGACGGCGGUCCUGGGGGAGGACGUGUACCUGAGCUGUCGAUAUCUGGGCGAGAGCCAGAUCCAGAGCGCCGAAUGGAAACGGCAGACCAGCAAGAGCGUUUUUGAGCGACUGGCGGGAUUUUCAAAUGACAGCUCUUCCUAUCCCGAAUCUGUCACCAACCUGACAGUUCAGGUGAAGGUUUCCAGUGUGGAAGCAGAGGGAGAGUACAUCUGCGAGUUUAAAUCAGAAGAUGAGUUUUUCUCUAGGAGUGUUUUUGUCUCUGUAUUAGGUCGGCCUGAUGUUCAAAUCCUGGUGAGGGAGGACGUCAUAAACAACACAUCCUACCAGUCUGUGACGUGCUUUGCAGAUGGAGGAAGGCCCCAACCUCAGAUCAGCUGGGUGGUUGGCAGCCUUCCUCCUUCUGGGUACCCCUUCACUGUCAGCGUGAGAGAAUCUCUUCCCUCAAACGGCCUCUUUAACCUGAGCAGCGUCCUCCGCUUCCCCACUCACCUACAAGACGAGGACAACGUCACAUGUGUGAUCCAACACCCAACCCUCCCUCACCCCAAACUGGCCACAGUGCGGGUCAAAACCUACACAAGGCCAAAUGUGACCAUUAAAGCAGAGAUGGUGCAGCAAAGAGGAAAUUAUUUCUGGGUGGUCUCUUGCAUUUCAUCCGGAGGGAGACCCGACACUGAUAUCUCUUUGGCUCCGAACGCAACCGUGGGGCUACAAGCAGAAAAGGACUCACACUCGGAUGUCCAAAGACUUUCUGUCCAUCUCCCUGCAGCUGAGUAUGAUGGUCGCAGCCUCACCUGCAUGUUUAGUCACCCCAAAUUCUCACACCCGGAGGAAAGAAUCACAACACUACCCACUUUUUAUUUGCACAAAGUGGAAACUGACAGCAGUAACUUUCAAGAUGCUGAAUAUCUGGAGCUGCAAGAAGGAGAGACUGAUGUUAUCAGCCUGCAUAUCACUAGCAAUGUGCCACGCUACAGUGUAAUCUGCACAAAAAAUAAUGGACCCCUCCCUGAGGAUGUGGAGCUUAUUGGCCAAAACCUCACAUUCUUGGCUGGAGUGAAGCCUCUUCACGCUGGUCUCUAUGAGUGUCACAUCUCUUAUCUCCACCUCAACGCAGUACUGCGGUUUAACGUCACAGUCAAGCCUCGGCCUCUGCAGGCUGUUCCACCCACAAUCUCGGUUGGUUUGCGGAGUGAAGAUGGACGCUGGGUGAUGGAGUGUGUAGCGGCUGAAGCUGUUCCGGCGGCCAACGUGUCUUGGCUGGUAUCGCAAAGUGUUUCUGAAGAGUUCUGGUUCAAUUCCUCCUCGUAUAAUGGAAGCCACACUGUUAGAGGAGUUUUACUCGUCCCUUUCUGUUCGCCUUGGGAGCUCACUGCAAAGUGUGUGAUUCAUCAUCCGGCGUUUGAGCUCCCAGAGAACAGGAGCAUAAGACUCCCUCUUUGUGCUCGCCCAAACAUCACCAUCAAUACUAGCACAGAGUGGAAGGACGGCCGUAAGUACACUAAGGUGUGCUGCUCUGUGAUCAGCAUCGCCUCUGCUGCUGAUAUACGCUGGCUUGCAGAGGACAACAACAACAUCAGUAAUGUCAUGCAGACUGAGCUCCUUUCUGAGGGUGUGAUAUUAGCAUGGAGUUUUGUGGAUCUCCCUUCUUCUCUGUUUUCUGGUCAGAACAUCACUUGUGCAGUGAAACACCCGAGCCUGGAGACACCUGCAGAAAGAACAAUCCACAUUCCUGAGCACAAGCCCCCUCUGUUGAGUGUAACUGUGAUGAGACAGCGAGACCCCCCUCUUUGGCAGGCAGUGUGUGACUGUGAAGGGGAGUGCUUUAGGACAAACCUUCAUUGGGUUCUCCCCAAAAGGGCAAGACCCGAAACCCCGCCACUGGCUGAAUUUGAAGACAAUGGGAUUAAAGCCACACUGACUUAUCCGUUUCCUCUGGCCCUGCAUGAGGGGCAGAACCUGACCUGCAUGUACCAGUUUGACCACAGGAUAUCGGAGAACCGGACCGUCCAGAUCCCCAAAUAUUAUAUCACAUCUGUGAAGAUCCUGAACCAUUCAUCUCUCCUGAGCGGCCGUCACAGUGAUCAGAGAGUCGUAUUUGGCCUGAGAGUCCAAAAGAAUCAUCUCAACCAGAGAAUACUGCUGGGUGUGGAAGGCAACGUGCCAGAAUACAGCCUCCGCUGUCAAAGGAGUGACGGCUCCACAGUUGAGGUAGACGAGUCUGCUAUGAUCCUCCAGGAUGAAGGUCUGUACUCCUGCCGGGCGUCUUUCUACCACCACACAGCAUCUAUGACCAUUCAAGUGGAAGUCACAGACGAGGAUGAGCAGUUCAUGCAGAUAAUGGUUAUCUGCAUCUCUUCAGUCACAGCCGUCCUCCUCAUCCUCGGUGUUGUUCUCUUGGUGUUCUGCAAAAAAGACAAGACGACAAAAUACAAGGAGCAGGAGUCGGUUGCAGCUCUGACUUCUCUGAUGCAAGAGCCUGGCUCUCCUGAGGUGAAGAAGCCAGGAGCAGCAGAGGACAAGGGGAUUGCUCAGCUGGACAAUUACUCCAUCGUCUUAGAUGUGAAAAGCGCGCUGUAAAGGAGGCUUUGACAUGAUGUAAAAAUUUCAACUCUUACUGACACUGUGGUGCAGUUUAUAAUUUAACAUUUUUGUGUGAAUGUAGCCGUUGAAGAAAAAAUAAGAUAUGCACUGAACUUUUAAAGAUUGCAACUACUGUAAUUUUGUUAUUUUUACUGUAAAGGAUUAAACUUUGCUUCAUAUGCUUC